AAUAAUAUUUAUUUUCUAAAUAUGGUGCGGAAUUAUAAAAAAAAGUAGGCAUCAAUCAUGGAAUCAAUUAUCAAUGACAAAAACGAUCACAGAUGUUGUCAGCGGACAUUUGGGUUUAAAAUCUGCCUCCAAAGCUUACAACGUUCCUCGAUCGACUCUUCAACGACGAAUUAAAAUUUAUAAAAUUAAUUCAAAUAGAACGUAGCAUUGAUAAAAGCUUCGGAAGAUUUCAGCCCGUUUGUAGUCCUAAUCAAGAGAAAAAUUUGGUAGAAUAUUUAAAAGAACAAGAAAAACAUUUGUAUGGCUCGACGACGAAAGAAUUACGUACACUUGUAUACCAAUUAGCAGAAAAAAAUAGUAUUGAGCACCCCUUUCAGCAUGGCAUGGCUGGACGUAACUGGUGUAAGGCCUUUUUAAAGCGUCAUGCGAAAGAUUUGACAAUCCGCAAGCCAUAAGCAACAUCAAAAUAUCGAGCUCUCGGUUUCAAUAAAAUUGCAACCAAUAAUUUUUAUGAUUUAUUAGAAUCCAUUAUAAUUAAAUAUAAUUUAACACCCAAAAGAAUUUUCAAUGCAGAUAAAACCGGGGAAACAACAGUGCCAAAGCAUCAAUCGAAGAUCAUUGCUAAGAAGGGCAAAAAACAAGUUGGCGUGUUAAUUUCUGCUAAACGAGGACAAUUAGUUACUUCGGAAAUAUGUGUGUCAGCUGCAGGAGAUUAUUUACCUCUGCUAUUUGUACUUCCUCAUCAGAAAUUACCUCCUAAUUCAUCCUGAAUUCUUCCCGAUGAUUGUUGGGGUCAAUGUCACUCGAGUGGUUGGAUGACUCGUGAAAUAUUUUUUAAUUGGUUUGUUCGGUUUAUUGACAGUGUCAAACCAACAAAAGAAAAACCUGUCCUGUUAAUAUUAGAUGGCCACAUGACUCACACGCAAAAUUUAGAGGUUGUGGAAUAUGCUAGGGAAAAUCAUGUGAUCAUCCUAUGUUUACCACCACAUACUACUCUUCAACUUCAGCCUCUUGACGUAAGCGUCAUGCGUCCAGUUUCGAUGGCUUACUCCGAAGAAGCAAAGAAGUGGCUUAGGGAGCACCCAGGUCGUGUUAUAACAGCUAAUGAUAUUACCCACAUUUACAAUGCAUCUUUCAAAUCUGCAGCCAAACCGGAAACAAUAGAGAAUGGAUUCAAAAAAGCUGGAAUAUGGCCUUCCAAUCGAUCAGUCUACAGUGAUGAUGAUUUUGUAGCAGUUGGUGCUAUGAACCCUAAAAAUUCAUCGAGUGUUUCUACUACCACUACGAUUACUACGACUACUACUGAAGAUGAUGAUGAUGAAGAUAAUAAUAGCUUCUAUCUCAGUAGUAAUGAUGAUUCGGAAAAUGAUGAAGAUAUUAACGAUGCUAAUGUUGAUAAUAAUGAUAUUAAUAUUGGUGGUGAUGAUGAUGAUGAUGUUGAUGGACCCGAACUGUAGUCCCUUAGGCGCAGAAUAAGUUCAAUUUCUGUCUUGGCGGAUCAGAUGGGACAUAGUGAUUCUCAAGUUCAAGCACAUCAUGAAGAAAUCGAAUCGGAAGAAGAAAUUGUCUCUCAUUCAUCAAAAACAACUGCCGAUGAAUACAAACGACGAUUUCUUCACGAAGCUUUAACUGCUGAUACUUCUUCUGCCGAUGUAAAACCAGAAAAAAAAAAAGAUAGACAGUUUCAUCAUUUCGCUGCAAAGUAUACUUCCUAUUACUGAACAUCAAACUAGUAAACGUAAAACAAGACAAAAUAAAACAGCAAUUUUAAAUGGAUCGCCGCACAAACAAACUCUUAUAAAUAAAACAAAGGAUUUGAAAAAUGUCCCAUUCAAAACGAUGGAGAAGACAACAACAAUUAAAGGAAAAGGAAAGGGAAAAAGUAAAUCAAAACAAUCAGUAGAUGAUACUGCUUGUAUUUUUUGUAGCGAAUUGUACUCGGAAUCUAUAGAGCCGUGGAUUAAAUGUGGCAAAUGUAAAAAUUGGGCCCAUGAUUCAUGUACCGGUGUUCACAACAAAGUUGUUCGAAGCUACACAUGUGAUAUUUGCAAGUAACCAUAAAAAAAUUGUAUUUUAAUAAUAUAAAAAAUCAUU